AUGUACGGCGGCGGAGGGCCACAGCAGUGGGGCGGGCAGCAGCCACAGCAGCAGCCGCAGCAACAGCAGCAGCAGCAGCAGGGCGGCUACCUGCAGCCAGGAGGCUAUAUGCAGCCGCAGGCGACGGGCUUCAUGCAGCAGCCCCAGCGGCCCAUGAUGACGGGCAUGCCCAAUCAGCAGGCCGGCGGCUUCCUCGGGCCACAGCAAACGGGCAUGGGCAUGGGCAUGGGCAUGGGCAUGGGCGGCAUGGGAGGCAUGGGAGGUAUGGGUGGCAUGGGAGGCAUGGGCAUGCAGCCCCAGAUGACGGGCAUGGCCAGCAUGCGCCAGGGGUACCCCGGCGGCCCUGGAGGCAGCGGCAUGCUCGGCGUUCCUGGCGGUGGCCAGCCCCAGGGCGGCCGCUACCUCUCGCCGGGCCCCACAGGCGUCGCAAUGCGGCCGCAGCCCACGGGUUAUGGUGGAGGAGGAGGAGGCCCCAUGCAGAUGCAGGCCACGGGUCUCAUGCCCCAAAUGACAGGCAUGGUCAUGGACCCGCGUCUCCAGCUCAUGUCGGCCCAAUUCCUGCCCGCCGCACAGCCCUUUUCCGGUGGCCCACCCAUGGCAUCCAACAUGAACUUUUCCAGCGCCUCGAUGCAGCCGUCGAACUUCCAGUCGUCGAUCCAGCAGCUGUCGCAGCAGCAGCAGGGCUCGCGGGAGCCAAAGAUUCCCUGGGCACUCAGCAAGGAGGAGCGCAAGUCCUACGACUCCGUCUUUCGCGGCUGGGACCAGCAGGGCACCGGUUUCGUCUCGGGCGACGUGGCCCGCGAGGUGUUUGGACAGAGCGGCCUGGACCAGGACAAGCUGAUGCAGAUCUGGCACCUGAGCGACACGGAGAACCGGGGCAAACUCAACCUCGCCGAGUUCCACGUCGCGAUGGGCCUCAUCUACCGCGCACUCAACGGCAACGACAUUCCCAACGAGCUGCCGGCCGAGAUGGUGCCCCCCUCGGCGCGCGACCUGUCUGACUCGGUCGACUUUCUCAAGGAUCUGCUCAAGCGCGACACCAAUGUGCGCAACACGACGGGGCUCAACAUUCCCGAGGCUGGCUCCAACCAGGGCGCGCAGUACGGCAAGUCGCGCUCGUUCCACGAGAACCCCGUGGUGCGGCAGGAUGCGACAGCAUACAAGCACUCGGACGACAGCGCCGGCACGGGCUACCGGUCCAGCUCGCGCCACCUGGACCGCAAGACGGUGCGCUACGGUGGCGAGAGCGCAGCCGAGGACCUGAGCGAGAUGAAGCGGCAGCUGGCCAACACGCAGCGCAUGCUCGACGAGCAGGACGACGACAAGGACGACGACGACCGCGAGGUGGAAAAGGACAUGGAGGAGCUCCGUUUCCGCAUCAGGCGCGUGCAGGACGACAUCGACUACUACAACCGCCGCGGUGGGCGCGAGGCCAACGAGAACCGGCGCAAGGCCGAGCGCGAGCUGCUGCACCUCAUGCACGAGCGCCUGCCCCAGCUCGAGAAGCGGCUCGAGGCAAAGGACAAGAAGACCAAGGACAAGAAGGCCGUCGAGAGCCGGGAGCGGGACCGGCGCAACGACACCUAUGCCCGCCGGGGCCGGUACGACGACGACGGCGGCGACUACGACUACAGCGACCGAAACCGGGACCGUGAUGGCGACCGCGACAGAGACAGAGACAGGCGGUAUCGCGACGAGGACAGCAGGGGCAGCACCCCCACGCCUCGCAGCGACGAUCGGAGGGGGGACAGAAGCAACGAUGACGCCGAUCGCACGCGCAGCCCGGCGCCACCGCCGCCUGCUGCCGAGCCAGCGGCAAGGGCAGCGCCAGCCCCUCCCGCACCACCGGCCGUGUCGGCGGUGGCAGCGCCUGCGCCGGCACCGUCGUCGGGGCCACCGAAAAACAUGACGCCCGAGGAGCGUCAGGCGUGGAUCCGCUCCGAGGCCCAGCGGAGGAUCCAGGAGCGAAUGCGAGCGCUGGGUGCUGCUGCGCCGCCUUCGUCAUCUUCGUCGUCGACACCGGCCUCGCCAGUGCCCGACACGACCGUCGAGAGCCGUCUGGCCGCGGACCGGGCCGAGGCAGAAGCGCGCGCAGCCCAGGCCGACGCCGAGGCCGCUGCUCGCGAAGAGGCCAGGCGGGCCCGCCUCGAGGAGCAGCGUAUCGAAAAGGAGCGCGCGGCCGUAAGCACCAUCAAGUCGGAGCUCAAGGCUCAAGAGAAGUCGGACGCGCCGCCGCCGGCCCCGGUGAUGCAGGCCGCGCGCGAGGAGGUCGACGAGCAGGAGGCGAUGCUCAAGCGGCGCGAAGAGGUGCUCCAGCGGGAAAAGGCCGAGCGAGAGGCCCGGUUCAAGCGCCUCGAAGAGGAGGAAGCCGAGGCCAAGCGCCAGGAAGAGGCCUUCAAGGAGCGCCAGAGCAUGUUCCAGAACCAGGGCAAGUCGGCCGCCGGCGGCCUGCCUGCGCCCAGCCGCAAGCCAAAGGGCGGUCCUCCCCCGCCGCCACCUAGUCGAAGCCGCGCACCGCCGGCACCAGCGCCUGCUGCAGCACCGGCUCCUCCCCCUCCUCCUCCUCCAGCAGCUCCGGCAGCCCCUCCUGCACCAGCAGCUCCAGCAGCGACUGAGGCUGGGUCUGCUGCGCCAACGACGACGACAGAGGGAGGCUCGAGCACGAACCCCUUUCACCGCAUGCAGGGCUCGGCCACCACGCCCUCGGCCACGACGCCGGGCGGUACCAACCCCUUCUUCCGAGGCCAGCCUGCGCCGGCAAGUGCCAAUCCCAACCUGCCUGCGCCGCAGCGCUCGACACCUCCCGUCAGUGCCGUCGCCUCGCCUGCUCCGGCUGCUGCAGCCGCCGCAACCCGCGCCCCACCGCGCGCUCCCACCGAGGACGACGACGACUGGGGAGACGACGACAGGAGCCACGACGACGAUGACGACGACGCCGAUGGGCCUGGCUCCACGACGAGAGCCACGAGACAGAACCUGGCCCAGGCCCUCUUCAGCGGCCUGGUGCCUUCGGCGACGCCACCACCACCACCUCCUCCUCCUCCUGCGCCACCGGCAGCAGCAGCAGCAGCAGCAACAGCAGCCCCUCCGGCCGCGCCACCAGCCCCCGCGGCGCCACCUGCUCCUGCUGCACCUCCCGCUCCUGCUGCGCCUCCGGUGGUCGUCGCUGCGCCGGCGCCUGGCCCUGCCGACCGCGGUGCGCUCCUCGGCCAGAUCCAGGGCGGCCUCAAGCUGCGCAAGGCCCAGACCAACGACCGCAGCGCCUCCAGCCUCGCGGGCGCCGUCAUUGGCGACCCGUCGCCUCCUGUCCAGAAGUACGUCCCACCGCCAGCAGCAGAGGAAGCACCGGCGGCAAAGGCACCAGCUCCUGCCGCAGACGACGUCCAGGUCAACCCCAAUCGGCAGUCGGUCGACUGGGCCAACAACCUCGCGGCUGACCAGAUGAAUGGGAAAGCCAGCGUGCAGCCCGACGAGCCAUCCGUCGUUGAGGAAGACUCCGACGACGAGAACGAGGGACCAGAGGACGUCGAUGGCCAGAGUCUGGCCCGCAAGGAGGGCGUCGACGGGCACGUCAACGGCGGCAUCCCCACGGAGCCAGCGCCCACGACGGACCUGGCCUCUGCGGCAGAUGCAGCAGGAGACAAGGCCGAUGCCGAGGACGGUCUCGCCGACUUUGACCUUUCCAAGACGGUCCGGGUGCGCACGCUGUACCAGUACGCAGGCCAGCGCGACGAGGACCUCAGCUUCGAGGAGAACAUGGUCGUCCUCGCGCACCCGGCCAAGGACGGUGCGCCGAGCGACUGGUGGUACGGCACGCUGCUGACGGAUGCAGCGGGCAUCAAGGGCACGUUCCCCAGUGCCUACGUCGAGGACAUUGAGAAGCCAAAGCAAGCCAAGGCUCUAUACGACUUUGUGUCGUCGAACCCAGAGGAGGCCUCCUUUGACGAAGGCGCGACGUUGGCCGUCGUCGACGACUCGGACCCCAACUGGUGGAAGAUUGAAAAGACGGACAAGAUCCUGCUGGCGCCGGCAACGUACAUGGAGCUCGCCGACCGGCCGGCGCCUGCUGCGCCCACUCGGCUCGAGAUGGGCGGGACAUCGCACCGAUCGGCGGCGAUCGCGGCACCAGCAGAGGCCGCCGGCCACAAGGACAAGGGCUUUCUGACGCCCUCAACGGCGCGCACGCCUGUCACGCCCAUGUACGUGCACGGCGACGAGGUGCUCAAGAAGAAGCCGUCGGUCCUGCGCCAGCCCUCGUCCUCGCACCUCGCGGCAGCGCCGUCUGUGUCUGUGCCUGGCGAAGGCGAAGGGGAGAGCAUCGGCGCAGACGGAGAAGAAGACGUGGCGAUGCAGGAGGCCAUCAGGGCCUCUGAGCGCGACGAGCGCGAGAGGAGCGUCGCGCGGGCCAGAGAAGACAAGGACCUCAAGAGGGCGCUGGCCUUGUCAAGGAGGGAAGGGGAAGAAGCGGAGGGAGAAGAGGAGGAAGACGAAGAAGAGGUCUCGGACGAGGACGGCUACUCGACGACGGGCUGGUCGAGCAGCGAGGAGGAGGACGAGGAGGACGAACAAGGCGGGGGCGGAGAAGAGGAGGAUGAAGAGGCGAGGGAGAAGAGGGCGGCCGAGAGGCUGAGGGUCCUCGAAGCGGCGGGCAUUCUCAUCAGGGGCGACGCACCAAAGGGCAAGGCAGCGGCUGCUCCUGCUGCAACAAGCGGCGGAGAGGAGCCCGCUGAGACGCUCGAUGCCGAUCCGCUGGCCAAGGAGGAAGCACAGGAGACAGAAGAGCAGCUGCUGCAGAGAAAGAGGACGAGGCGGGGUCCAAAACCCGAGCGGCCCGAACGAAAAGGGUCGCGGAGACCAAAGAAGCCCCAACGCGCGCCACCUGCCGUCCCUCCUCCCGUUCCUGCUUCAUCUACAUCUACUUCCAACAUACCCGUCGACGGCAAGCACGAGGUCGGCCCCGCUGUGCCGGCCAAAGAUGCGCCAGAGGUCGAGAUGGACGAUGCCUAUGCCCGAUAUGUCGAAUUCACCCAGGAGGUUUCGGCAAAAAGACCAGUCGAGACGCCAACGACACCCGCCGCUUCCUCGUCCAGACACUCGGGUCUGUUCUCGAGCAAGAGGAUCCCCUCGCUUUCAACCACCUCGCCCCCCUCUUCGCCACCGCCUGCUGCUUCCGCCUCGGGAGCAGGAGAGUCAUCGAGGGGUAGUGGCUUCCUGUCGACGAUCAUGAGCAUGUCCUCGAGGCGGGGCGCUGCCUCUCCCGCCGAGAGAAAGGCCACGCCGACGAUUUCCGGCCCCAUGGCACUUGGCUCCCCUGUGCCUUCUCCCGCCCCUGGAGAAAAGCCCAUGCCGGAUCGGACGAGCCUGAUCAGCAACUCGUCGACCUCGUCGUCUUCGCAGGCCACGACGCUGGCCACGACGACCGACAGCGCGGCACAGCAACCGUCGAUGACGACGACGUCGUGGUCCAGCCAGCUUGGCGGGGACAAUGGCGACUUUCUGGCCCAGAUGCCGGCCAAGGAGCGCAAGAGGCAGGAGGCCAUCUUUGAGCUCAUCCAGACCGAGACCACCCACGUCCGCGACCUGCAGGUCAUUGUCGAAGUCUUUUACUCGUCGCUCAUCGCGCCCCAGCUGGACGGACAGCCGCCCGCGCUGACGGACAAGGCCACGACGGUCAUCUUUGCCAACAUCGAAGACGUGCUUCUGGCGGCCGUGUCGCUCCUCUCGGACCUCGAGACGCGGCAGCGCGAGAGCCACCUCAUUGUGGACCGCAUUGGCGAUGUACUGCAGACGCACAUGGAGCGCAUGGCCGUCUACAUCCCCUACUGCGUCAACCAGAGCACGGCCGCGCAGAUCCUCGAGGCAGAGCGCAAGAGAAAUAAGUCGCUGGAGUCACAGCUUGCGUUGCUCAGGACGACGCACCCCAAGGCCCGCGGUCUCGACCUGGCAAGCUUCCUGCUGAUCCCGAUGCAGCGCCUGACGAGAUACCCGCUCCUCAUCUCGCAGAUCGUCAAGUACACCGAGGCAGAGGAGGGCGAGGUGGCCAUCUUUGAGCAGGAGGUCGACUCGCUCAAAAAGAGCCUCAGGGAGGCCCAAUCGCUCCUCGAUACAACCAACGAGACGAUCCGGCUGAGGCAGGACCACGAGCGCCUCCAUGACAUUUCGAGGAAGCUCUACAUUGGCUCGUCGGAGGGCAAGAACGGCAGUGUGCAUCUGGACCUCACCCAGCCGACGCGCUUCAUGGGCCGGCGCCGCAUCCUGCGAGACGAGGUCCUGACCAAGCAGAGAUCCGGCCGCAAAAUCUCGGUGCUGCUCUGCUCCGACCUUCUGCUCCUCCUCGUCGAAGGCAUCAGCUCCUCCAAGUCGGCGAAUGGCGGGGGCCCAACGACGGUGACGAGGCUGUACCGCAUGCCGAUGCCGCUCGAGGAGAUCGUCGUGGGCGAUGCACCAAACGUGGCAAAGGCCUUCAGCGCCAACCCACGCGACGAUGCUGCAUUCCAGGUCGUGCACCAGGGACGCGAAAAGACAAACCUGCGGUGCCAGAGCGCACGGCACGCGCACCUUUGGAUGCGAGACAUUGACGUAGCCAGAGCCGCGUGUCUGGCAGCUGCGAGAAGGAACAUAGAGCGAAAGAAGUUCAGCGCGUUAGCGAACUCGGCGAGCUGCCAGGACCGCCACCUGCUGCGCCAGGAGGAUGGGGACGACGAAAUCGAGGAGUCUGUGCGGUACUUCAAUGGCCAGGCUUGUCGCGAGGAGGGUGAUAAUGAGGAAAAAGUGGACAAGGGCUCCGGUGAGAGUCAUUUCCGUAGAUCAAAAUCCGAGGAGAAGUAUCACUACGGAAGGAGGCGAUGGGACCCGUUAGCGAACUGGGCGCGCGACCAGGACCGCCAGGACUACCUGGGCUGGGGCGGGGCCGACGAGGUCGAGGAGCUGGGACCCGGCAUUUGA